AUGAUGAUGGCAUCUCAAAUGGAAAUUGAUGACGAUGUCGUUGAUUUAAGUAUAUCAAGCAGUCGUACAAGUCAAUCACUGAGAGAUGAACCACUUUCCUUAAAAUGUACUCAGCCAGAUGAAACUCACAUCCAUAUGAAUGGGCAUUUGGUUAAUGGUUUUUCCUCAACUGGCAAUGAGUCUUCAGAGGAAAGUGAUGAUGAUAUGCCCCUUGAACUCCCACCAUCCCCUAAGGAUGUGACACCACCCGAAGAGGUGUGUGAAAGAGAAAAACUUGUCAGAGUUUUAAAAGAAAAUCUCCGAACAGAAGAAAUGACUUUGGUGCUGUUGAAGAAAUUGCAACAAUCACAACAAAUUAACCAAAUUCCUCAGAGUGUCACCAUAACGCCUCAGGCAGCUCAUACUAAAGAUCAUUCUAAUUUGUUGUCAUCCCAAUUGCCGACUGGGAAGUCAGCUCAACCGCCAAUGCCUCAUGUACCUCAUCAUGCAAAACCACCACCUCCCCCAUUAAAUCGCUUGCCAUCGUCAUCAAGAUCUAAUGUCCAUCAAUCUCACCAGUCUAUGUCUUCAAAUCCUUUAAUGGGUUCAAGUAGAUUACCUCCUUCCAAUGGUCUACAAAAUUUGCAGAGGUCAUCCAAUGGUCGAUCAUCACAUUCUGCACAUUCGUCACAUUCAGCUCAUUCAUCACCUUCAAUUACACUUGAACGAGUAAUGAAAGAUCACCAUUCCUCCAAUACUUCCCAAUCGGAACGUUUGAGAAAUGAUGAUGGUCAAACACCUGCUCAGAGGCAAGCUGCUGCUAAAUUGGCCCUUAGAAAACAAUUGGAGAAAACACUACUACAAAUUCCUCCACCAAAACCUCCACCACCUGAAAUGCAUUUUAUUCCAAAUCCAUCAAACACAGAGUUUAUUUACUUACUGGGAUUGGAACAUGUUGUUGAUUUCAUAACAAACGGUGAAAUGAUCGAAGCCAGCAUACCCAAAGAUCCAUAUAAGUGUUCACAAUGUGAUUCAAACUUUACACCCGUUUGGAAAUUGGAAAAACCUUCUAGAAAUAAAGAAUCUAAAAUUAUAUGUGAAUUGUGCGUCACUAGCAAUGUAAAGAAAUCUCUCAAAGCGGAACAUACAAAUCGACUGAAGACUGCAUUUGUGAAAGCUCUUCAACAGGAGCAAGAAAUAGAACAAAGGUUGGCUCAAGUAUCGCCGCCAUCUUCUGUUUCCCCAGCGCCUGUGCAUCCAAUUCAUAUAAAUCCACCAAUGCCGUCCCUGCCCAAGCCAGCGCCUGCUCCGAAACGUAACCCAACACCUCCACAACCGCAUAAGAUGCAUCCUUCGGAUCCGACAGGUGGUAAAUUUAAUGCCGCAGCUGCUGCUCACCUUGCCCUCCAACAACAAAUGCUCAGAGGAUUAUCACCUCAUCCAGCAGCUGCCAUGUUGCAAUUUGCACCACUUUUGUAUCCAUACCAACUAGCCAUGGCGCAAGCUAGUGGAAAGAAUUCGGCUGCUGCGGUAGCCGCAAACCUUGCUGAACUACAAAGGCAGGCAGUUGAUUUGCAACGACAGUAUUUAAUGGAGAUGAUGCCCCAACAAGGCCAGUCCCGGUCUGCAUCACAAACACCCACGUCUGCGCACAAUUGGAAAUCAUGA